AUUCGCACGACGAUAUCAUAAAGCUCGUGUUGUCUUUUACGAAAGUAUCUGGUAGUAAUAUCUUAAGACAAGAUGCAGAUGUCAUUUCAUGGCGGCGUCGCGGAAACUAUUCUGUUUGAAGAAUGGCGCAUAAAUAACGCUCAAGGAAUGAUUGGUUCCGUAAUCGGUGUUAUUCUUCUAACUGCAUUAUAUGAAGGACUAAAAUCUUAUCGUGAAUAUCUCUUUGCGCAUACGACGUUUCUCAGAAAGAAUCAGAAGAAAUCGAGAAAUGCAUUGUUGUUUUCCGGAGUGCAUUUCUUUCAAACGUUUCUGCAUGUAAUCCAAAUAGUGCUUGGCUAUUUCCUUAUGUUUAUUUUUAUGACAUACAACUAUUGGCUGUGCAUCGCUGUCGGAACUGGAACAGCUCUUGGAUAUUGGUUGUUCCAAUGGGACAAAGCUAAUAAUGACAAUACAGAUUGUUGUUCGUAA